UUUUUUUCUUAUCGCAACGGUUUAUCAUCAACUAUAAAAACCAUUCCAGAAACUUCCUCUUUGCGCGGUCUUUUCAGCUUCCUUCAAUUUUGCUCUUUUCCACGUUUUUACACGCUUAAUUAUCGCCGUAUCAAUUUCGCACUAGUAUACUUGACCACCACAAUGGCUGUUUUAACUGGCCAUAUUAUCGCUGAAGCCAAUAAAGACUCGAAUUCCGUUCCUACAGCGCUUGGCCCCAAUAGUCGUCUCACAGUAGAGUUACAGGAUGUGUCGCUCAUGGAUGCUCCAUCAGUCACCUUGGGCGAAUACAUUUUUAUUACUGGGUCCUCAGAGUACCUCCAAUUUCCGAUUCCGUUCAGACUCAAAUACGAUAUCACUAAAGUACAACCUAAUCAGAGUAUUUCCAUUGCUGCUCGAGUGGUUGAUGUCUCAACAGCGAACGAGGAAUUAAAAUGGACUACAACAAGCCGGUUCUCAGUAAUCACCAUGGGAUGUCCCUCUGACAAUGUAGACGUCAGCAUCAGCUACUUGUCCCCAAGUAAUGAGACAAUGCAGAGUCAGCAGCCAAUCACAUUGAACACGCUUUCUGGCAAAGUUGUCGCUUCCCAAACUGUACCAACUCCCUCCUCAGCUGCGGGUAUUGGGCCUAAUAGCAAGGUCCAGGUCCAAUUACUAGACGUAUCUCUAAUGGAUGUACCCUCAGUUACUUUGGCAACACAGCUGAUAACGACAGGCCCAAAUGAAAGUAGAGCUUUCCCCAUUAAUUUUUCUCUUCAGUACGAUCCCAAUGGAAUUGAUGAACGACAUACAUAUUUGGUCAGUGUCCGUGUAGAGGACAUGGACUCUGAAGACCUUAUAUGGAUCACAACUACGGCCUAUCACGUCUUGACUCGAAAUGAACCUACGGAUUCAAUCCAAGUCGACAUAGAUCUGCUUUAGGAAAAUCCUGAUACAGAAAUAAUAAUAUAUAAUAAUAAUAAUAAAAAAAUAAAAAAAAUAAAAAAAUAGGAGUAAAGUAUCGCUUAGUACUCCUGCCUC